AUGCCAGCAGCUCCAGUAGCUUUGGCUGGGCUGGCAUAUGUUAACGCUAAGUUUUCUUUGAGCUACGAUUAUCAAUUAUUGGGUGCUGCAAUAAAAGCAUACGCCUUUACUAACAGAAGGGAAAAAGAGGAUCGCCUUAAUAUGUUUUACAUACUCGAAGAACAUGCCAGAGGAAAUUUUGCAAACGACACAUUCAUAAUAUUUGAAGGCAAGAAAUGGACAUUCAAGGAAACAUACGAUAUAGUCUUAAAAUACGGAACUUGGUUGAAAAAUACCCACAAUGUCAAGCCGGAAGAAAUUGUUGCUAUGGAUUUCACCAAUUCAGAUAAAUACUUUUUCUUGUGGUUUGGAUUAUGGAGUAUAGGCGCCAAACCAGCGUUUAUAAAUUACAAUUUGACGGGAAACGCAUUAUCACAUUGUGUCAAAGUUUCCACUGCCAGAUUAUGCAUUGUCGAUCUUGUAGUCGAAGAAAAACUGACACAGGAAGUUCGAGAUGAACUUCCCGAUAUCUCAUUUCAUAUUCUUACCCCUGAAAUAGAGGCUGCUAUUGAAUCCACCGAGGGCGUCCGAGAGCCGGAUUCUACGAGACAUGAGCAAACAAAGUCAAAGAUUGGAAUGCUGAUAUACACCAGUGGAACUACAGGUUUACCUAAACCCGCAGUUCUCUCCUGGGGAAAGGCUAAUUUUGGAUCGACUAUCAUGCCAAAGUGGAGCGGAUAUAGUCGACCAGACAUACUAUAUACUUGCAUGCCUAUGUACCAUUCUGCUGCUAGUGUCCUUGCUGUUCUGGCAGCUCUUAACAUGGGAGCAACAAUAUGUAUUGGAAGGAAAUUCUCUACAAAGACAUUCUGGAAAGAAGUUCGAGAAUCAAAAGCGAAUAUUAUUCAAUAUGUUGGCGAAGUUUGUCGCUACCUCUUAUCCGCCCCUCCUCAAUAUGAUCCCGUGACAGGCGAAAAUCUUGACCAGAAGAACGACGUUAGGAUGGCAUUCGGUAAUGGCCUAAGACCUGAUGUCUGGAAUAAGUUUAGGGAACGGUUUGACAUCAAAACGAUUGCUGAAUUUUACUCCGCAACUGAAGGUGCAGGAGCUGGUUGGAAUUAUUCAAAUAAUGAUUUUAGCAAGGGUGCUGUGAGCCGCAAUGGAUUUAUCUACUGGCUUCUAUUGAGAAAAUCAUGGGCCGUAGUCGAAUUAGAUGUUGAAACGGAACAACCACGUCGAUCGAAAACUACUGGAUUCUGCACCAAGCUACCAUAUGGAAGCCCAGGAGAAAUGCUGUAUAAGCUUGACCCCGCCGAUAUACAUUCGGGUUAUCAAGGAUAUUUUGGUAACCAAGAUGCAUCGGACAGUAAAGUCUUACGAAGCGUUUUCGAAAAAGACGAUGCGUGGUUCCGAACAGGUGAUAUCAUGACUUGGGAUAACGAAGGAAGAGUCUACUUCAAUGAUCGAAUCGGCGACACAUUCCGCUGGAAAUCGGAAAAUGUCUCCACAAACGAAGUCGCAGAGGCUCUCUCCACUCACCCAGCAGUUCAAGAAGCAAACGUAUAUGGUGUUUCCCUACCACACCAUGAUGGCCGCGUAGGCUGCGUGGCUCUUAUAUUGAAAGAUCAAAGUCCCAGAGUCAUGAGAGAUUUGGCCGCUCAUGCGAAAAAGGGAUUACCGAAUUACGCGGUCCCAAUCUUCUUGAGAGUUAAGAAAGAAGGCCAGAAAAUGGAAAUCACGGGUACCGUGAAAAUGGUUAAACAUGUUGUUAGGAAACAGGGUGUGGAUCCCAAUGUGGUCGAGGAGAGUGGUGAUCAAUUGUUCUGGUUGAAGCCGGGUGCAGAGGAGUAUGUGAAGUUUGGGGAGAAGGAGUGGAAUGAAUUGAAUGGGGGGAGUGUUAAGUUGUAG